CAUCGACACACGGUUAAACCUAAGUUUUUAUAGUAAGACACGUCGAUAUACAUAUUGUGAUAGAAAUAAUUAUAAGAGUUUGAUAACUAUUAAAAUAGGGGGUAGUUACUGAAAUUUAAAAAAAAAAAAGUAAAACUCUGAGUUAGGAACCUGCUACUUGUCUUUAUAUACUGCCCCACUCCUCGAUCCAAGCUAAAAAGGGCUUCUAUCAUGUAUGAUACGGCGUAGGUGAGCUUUGACUCACCCGCGCCGCGGAAUCGCCAUCAAGAGAUUUCGGAAGCAAAAUUUUUUAAAUACUGAGGCUGCCGGCUGCCAUAAACACUGGCGCCUCGUUUAUAAUGUAAAUUGAAAAUGUCGUGGAGAUGUGGUCACUCUGAACUGUCGCAUGUAUGUGUGAUCAUUAUCCAAAUGGGGUUGUUCGACUCAGAAUAGCGUGAUAUCAGAGUAUAAUAACGUAACACAGUGAAGGUUUGGAUCAGUGUUACGGUUCCUGUGUGAGCAAUUUUAAAGGCAAAACCAUCCUCAUCUCGCACUAAAACAACUAAAGCACGCAGGUGGAUUUCUCUCAUUUCGCCCAAUUGUAAGAGCGUGGAAAAAGCAAGCCCUCUUCAGCAGGAAGUUAACCUAUAUUAGUCAAGUACGCAUGCGCACCAGUUCUACAAUCUAGAGAUGCGUUUGUCUUCAUAAAACGAUGAACCGCCUCAUUCAUAGCUGUCGCAUGAAUGUGCCCCGACCAACUUAGUCAACUCCUCUCAGUGUGAUGGCCACCGCCAACGAGGUCACGGUGUCUGUUGGGGACGUAGUGAUGGUGAAGGCUGAUGGUGGCAGUGACUGUGAUGACCCCAACAAGACUCAGGUUAUCCUCCAACUCCAGCCAAUCACUUCUGGGGACGAAUCGGCUGAAACGGAUGCAGCUGUCAUGACUGUCGAAUCUCAUCCAGAGCAAACAGACGGAGAUGAUGUGGAAAUCGGCUGUCCCAUUACAUGUGGUGACUGUAAAGCUGUCUUGCUCGUAAAGAAAUUUGUCUGUCCAGGAAUCAAUGUAAAAUGUGUGAAGUACGAAGAUCAGCUGAUCAGUCCAAAACAGUUUGUGCACAUUUCUGGCAAAGCCACCCUGAAAGACUGGAAGAGAGCCAUCAGGAUGGGGGGAGUCAUGCUGAGAAAAAUGAUGGAUUCGGGUCAGCUGGACUUUUACCAACACAGCACACUGUGCACCAACACUUGUCGCAGCACCAAGUUUGACCUUUUGAUCAACAACACUCGCUUUCCUCCUGACGGCAGUGGGCUCUCUACACCCAUGUCCUCACAGGCUCAGGCUGUCCUGGGCAAUGGCGGUUCAGCAAGUGAGGAUCGACCCGAGAUACUGGGUGGGAAGUUGGAAUGGAGCUCGGGCUCGCUGGAAUCCACAGACAAGAAGGCCUCCAAUGAGAUCUCAGAGGAUGCACUGAACUUCUGGAAGGGCAUUGCCGAUGUGGGUUUACUGGGCGAGGUUGUGACCAACAUCAACACGGAGCUGAUGCAACUGCUUAACGGUGUGCUGCAGCGCAGGGAGCAGGCCACCUUACAGGACACAGAUUCCUGUCUGGUAGAGGUGGCGGUACUCAGCAACAUUGCCCAGGUCUUCAGUCUACUGGACUCAGUCAAAAAGAUCCUGGAGCGGAGGCGGCAGUUGACGGACCCCAGCCAGGAGGAGAUCCUCAGCAUGAUUGGUAACCUGGAAGAUCAGUUGGAAGAACAGAAGAAGCAGCAGCAGGUUCGAGCUAUUCUCUCCUGUUCGCAGACUACCAAAACCAAAACUCCAAACAAACGGACAACCAAGCGGCCUCGUCUCCAGAGACCUGCCUCCACCACCACCCUCCUGACAUCACCCAUUAGCCAGCAGGCGGCACUGCAGCCCCAGCAAUUCACUGUUCUCUCCCCCAUUUCGCUGUCCUCUGUGGGGCAGCCAUUCACAGUGGCAGGGCUUCCCAUUGCCUCCCUGGCCCAGUCCUCCAACACCGUGACCCUGCUUCCUGCAGGUUCACAGCUCUUCACCCGCUACAUGGUCGCUGGAGAUGGAAAGGCGGACACCAUUACCUUGCACCCAUCGUCAGGACUCACGUUGGUGGGCACCACCACCGUUCAGGACUCCAGCCAGCUGGGCACCAUGGUGAGCCCUGUGGAGCUGGUACACCUCAGCCAGCAGGCCGGGGGGGCCGAGGUAGUACCCAUAGAAGGCCAGAUGGUGGAUGGCACCAUGCUGGUGCAGCAGCAGGUCAUGCAAGGGGAGGUAGAGGCUGGCCAGGAGCACACCGUCAUUGAGAUCAAUCCGAGUCCUGUGGAGCAGGCGGUUGGAGUAAUGGAGCUGCAGCUGACCGGGGAGUCAGACAGAGAUGGGACUGCAAUGGUGGUCCAGAGCGGGAUGGAGGUUACUAUGGCGGAGGAGACGCAGUGCCAAAUGCAGCAGGCACAGACUGAGGGGGUUCAAGGGCUACAGCUGGAUGCCAGUGGGCAGCUUUCAGGAGUACAUAUCAUGGUGAUAGAGGACAAUACUCAGGAUGAAAAUAAGGUCAAAUGAAACCUCUUUUUGUUUUCCCCAGCACAGCAGGUAGAAACUCCUGGACUGAGGUAUCUCACACUCAUACGACUGUAAAUACUCGCAAUAGCCAAAUCCCCCAAAUAGCUUCAGCCUAAGACCAAGCACUAGAGCGGCCAUUUUUCAGUACUGGCGUGUGUUUGUAUGUGCUUGUCUCAGAGCAUCCUUAAAUAGGUUUUGUACAUGAAAAAUGAGACUGACUUGUGACUUACUUUUACAAGCUGUUUUGGCUUGAUCAGACAGUUCUGUGAACAAACUUUCAGGGUAACUAAACCCUAUAAGCUAAGCACUAAACAGCUGAUCAAAACUGGCAUCAACCACUUAUUUGGUUCUAGUUGCAUUCAUUUCCCACAGCCUCAAACUCAACUCAAAACACAGCAAGUUGUUAGUUAGUUUUAUUUUUCUAAAAUGGCCUUUCGUAGCCAACAAAUUCCUGUGUUAGUUGUUUUUUAACUAUGAUUGGCGAAAUAAACAAAUUAUCUUCAAUACUUAUUGUGAGGAAAUAGCCAUCAUGUGUUUGUAGCAAGGACAUGCAGAACAUGUCCAUACAUGUCUCCCAGAUGUUGGCAUGUGUACAAACAAUGGAAGGUCCACUGUUUCCAGAAAAAUUCAGAUGCCCCCAUGAGCAAAGUGAAGACACGGUCAAUUUAAAGCCGGCUGAUGGUGGUGUUGAUCAUUGGUCAGUUCACACCUCUUCCUCUGCUGUCCCCCAAACUCAUUACCGGUAACAGUGUUGACAUGGCCUGAGGCUGGGAUUAAUUGCACUGUUUGUUGUGUUUUAGUGUAACAUCCAGGCUGUUUUUUUUGUUGUUGUUUUUUGCACUGUGUGACAACCUUUUAGGACAACGGGAUGACGUUAAUAUUUCUGCAGAAGGCGGCCUUGCCGUUGGGCCAGCCAAGUGUUUAUCUGCUGCGUGGAACGGACUGAACUUCUCAUUGGAUCAUUGGAGCUUCUCUUCUUCACCUGUUCCUAAUGGUUACUUAUUUUAUGCAGUUUUUCCUCUCUCUUCACUGUUUAUUUUUUCAAAUUUUCCUCAGUAUCAUAGACAGCUUGAGCUAAUAAGCUGGUUGUUUCAGUUAGGAUAUAAACAAAUGGACAUGCUUAAUGUCAAAUUUGCCUGUAUUUUACAUUUGUAAAGUAGCUAUGUAUUUAUUUGUUUUCAAGAUCUAGAGGUGGGCCUGCUUUCAGGUGCAAAUAUGGAUUAAUUUAAGCUGUUUGUUAUAGCUCACACCAACAAAAAACAGUUCAAAGAUUGUGCUUUUCCAAUAAUUUAACAAAUGAGGGGAUUUGCAUACUGAAUUUGUAAUGUGUUUUAAUAUCAGAUUAAAA